CUUCUUACCGCGGCACUUUGCUUGCGCAAUCCUUUUGGCGUUUUCUUGUUCAUUGCAUUUUCUCUUUUUAUUUUGGCUCCAUCUUGAUGUAAGGAGUGUCAGUAUCUGGUAACAAUUUUUAAGCUAGGGAAAAAACCGUGCUUACUCUUUUAGCUGCAUAUUUUCCUACAUUCGGCGUAGCAUUUGGGUCAGGAUUCUCUUUCACUCUUUGCUUUUGUCAGUCUUUGGGUUCUGAGUUUUUCGGGUCAAGUAUAUAGUGGCAUUGUCCGAAGCAAAGCAGCUUUCGGGUUCCUGCUGCUCGUCUAUAUCGACGAGGUCAAAUUUGAAUCCAUUGCGUUCGAUCCGCGAUUUUUCUUUGCGGACUUUUGGCAAAAAAUUUCAGGUUUGACAUUCUGAGAAGUUUCCGACUCUUUCAACACGGAGAUAACGAUUACUGCUAUUGCAUGCAUGACAAUUAAAGCGGUUCAUUGGGCUUAGAAAUGAUUGUGGAACCCUCAAGUUAUGCUAUAAUGCAUGAUAGGAUUGAUUGAUUGCCUGAACAAUGUCAAGAAUCACAAAGUGGAAGAUAGAGAAGACAAAAGUAAAGGUUGUUUUCCGACUGCAAUUCCAUGCCACGCAUAUUCCGCAAUCCGGAUGGGAUAAAUUGUUUAUAUCUUUUAUACCUUCUGACUCUGGGAAGGCCAUAGCAAAGACAACCAAAGCAAAUGUGAGAAAUGGAACCUGCAAGUGGGCAGACCCAAUUUAUGAAACUACAAGACUUCUCCAAGACCUUAAAUCAAGACAAUAUGAUGACAAACUUUAUAAACUUGUCGUGGGAAUGGGCUCUUCACGGUCUAGCAUCCUUGGGGAAGCGACCAUCAAUCUGGCUGAUUUUGUUGAUGCCUUGAAGCCUACAGCUGUUUCUGUGCAGCUCAAUGGAUGUGAGGCAGGAACCAUACUACAUGUCACUGUGCAGCUGCUGACAUCCAAAACUGGUUUCAGAGAAUUUGAGCAGCAAAGGGAACUCAGAGAGAAGGGUCUGCAGACCAACUCUGACCAAGGCACUAAUGAUGAAUCUGCUGAUAGCAAAGAGUCAUCUCCAGAUCAGAAUGUCAAUAAUCAUAUAAAUAAGGUCAGUGCAGGAGUGAAGUUCAAGAAAGAAUCUAAAGGGCUUGCUCUUGCUUCUUCACUUGAAGUAGAGGCAGGGAUGAAUGAAGAGUGUGCUGACUCAGCUGUUGGACUUGACAGCUCUUCGACUACUUCGGGGAGCAUGUAUGCUGAGAAGCAUGAUAUGUCCUCCACAAACGAACUAGAUGGCCUUAAAUGCACAACUUCUGGUGAUUCGGGUGGAUUAUCCCUCACUCAAAGUCAUCAGCCUGAGAAAGGUGAUGCACUUGGUCCAUCACAGGGCAGUGAUUGGGUCCAAGAUUGGAGGGCGGACGGUGCUGCUGCAAAUGAUAUAUUUACUGCUUCUGAAGAUACUAGCAGACUUAGAGAAGAUUUAGAAGCAAUUGAGUCAUCUAUUCUUGGUCUAAAACUGGAGGUAAGCUCUUUGCGGAAUCAUUCGGAUGCAAUAGGUGCUGAAACGCUAAAUUUUGCUGAGCAACUUGCUGCUGAGAUUUCUUCUGGAGAAGCGCUAUCAAAAGAGGUUGCUGUACUAAAAUCAGAGUGUUUGGAGUUUAAAAAUGACUUUGAACAGCUUAAAAAUUCUAAAUUGAGCUUUACAUAUUCAAUGAUAGAACCAACUGAGACAGAUGAGGAAAAGUUAUUUCAGAAGUCCCAGCUUAGAGGGUUCCAGGAGCUUUUGCUUAUGGAAGAUAAGUUGAGAGAAAUUCAAACAAAGGUGUCCACGGGAUUUCAUGAAAAGAAUUCUAGGUUUCUAGACUCGGAGUUAGAAGCACUAAUUGAGGCUUUGCAAGUUGUUAAGCAAGGGUAUCCAGGAACCAGUGUUGCCAAAGGAAGAGAGAGCAAAGAGAUGGCUUCACAUAAAGGCGAGCAAUUUUUAGCAGGAGCUCGAUCUGAGUCAGAUUUUUUCCAAUCUGAAGGCAUGGCUCAUCUCAUUAGCAUCCCUGGCUUUGUGUCUCAUGAAUCUAGUACUAUAGAUCCUACCCUUGAAAUGAGAGCAAAACUUUUUGAACUUCUUAGAGAGCUAGAUGAGUCCAAAACUGAAAGGGAAGGCCUUGCUAGGAAAAUGGACCAGAUGGAGUGCUACUAUGAAGCUCUUGUUCAGGAACUUGAGCAGAAUCAGAGACAGAUGAUGGCAGAGCUGCAGAACCUCAGGAAUGAACAUUCUGCUUGCCUGUACACAAUUUCAUCUAGUAAGACAGAGAUUGAGAGAAUGCAUCUAAAUAUGAAAGAGCAGACAUUAAAAUUUGAUGAGGACAAGCGCAUUUUGAAUUCUCUUAACAAUGAGCUUGAAAGAAGGGCUGUUUCUGCAGAAGCAGCCCUCAAAAGGGCCCGAUUGAACUAUUCUAUUGCUGUUGGUCAGUUGCAAAAAGACCUCAAGCUACUUUCUUGCCAGGUUCUUUCUAUGUAUGAAACUAACGAGAAUCUCAUAAAGCAAGCCUUUUCUGAUUCUUCACUUCCUUGCCCUGAAACAUUAAAUCAUCUGAAAAGUUUAGAGGAAGGCCUUACUUCAAAUCAAUCACCAUGUCAAACUCAGAAUGCUCUAUUAAACAAGCAGCAUUUAGGCGAGGAUAUUUUACUAAAGGAUUUGAAACAAUCACUCCACUUGCAAGAAGGCUUGUACAAACAGGUUGAAGAAGAAGCCUGCCAUAUGCAUUUUGUGAAUAUAUACCUGGAAGUGUUUUCAAAAGCUUUACAAGAAAUGUUGCUUGAAGCAAAUGUUGACAUUCAACUCAUGAAAGAAAACAUCGAUCAACUCUCUCAGCAGCUGAAACUCUCAACAGAGUCCAAGGAGUUAUUGACACUUAGGCUGCAGAAUGCCAUGAAUGAUAUUCACUCCCUAAAUGAAUACAAGGCCAGUUGCACAGCUAGAAGCAAUGAUAUUGCUCACCAGAAUGAAAUUUUGGAAGCAAGUUUUAAAAGUCUUGCUCAUGAAAACCAUCUUCUUGCUCAGAAAAUCAUUGAAUUGGAAACUCAUCUGGCAGAGUAUAGAAGUUAUGAGAGUAAAUUUGUGGCCUGCAAUGCAGAAAACUUGGAGUUGAAGAAUUUAGUGAAAGAAGAGAGUCAAGCAAAUAACAUUAUUCACAAUGAAAUGUCCACCUUGAGGGAAGAGUUAAAAGCUAGCAGAAGCGAAUUAAAUGAGCUGGUUUCUAUGAAGGACCAUCUGCAGAGUGUGGUCAACUCUGGGUGCAUCAAGUUGCAGAAAGUGAUUGAAUCAUAUGCAAAUAAUUACAGUGGCCUCUCUCUUUGUAGCACAUCUUCUUCUCAGGACUUGAAGUCUAAAGAUCUAGAUGGUCUCAUUUUGCAGCUAGACGAGCUCCAACAUAGUGCAUGUGAUAGGAUUCAGCAACUCAUUGAAGAGAAGAAAGUUUUAGUGAAUGAACAGCAUCUGUCUCAAGUAUCCUUAAAUACUGCAAAAUCAGAUUACAUAGUCAUGAAACAAAAGUUUGAACACGAUUUGCAAGAGAUGGUAGGUAAUCUAAGCACGUCCAGUGCCCUGUUGCAGAAACUUCAGUCAGAGUUUGAAGCAGUUGUUAACACGCUGAAGGCUAGUUCAGAUAUUGAAGAAAUUUACUCGAAGCAUCACAAAGAACUUUUGUCAGUUCUUGAUCAUCUGGAAGCUGAGCUACAACAACUUAGUAUGAGAAAUCAUGACCUUGCUCAAGAAAUUUUAAGGUUAGACACUUUAUCUGGCGACCUUGAAAAGUGUAAGCUGAGUUUAUCAGAAACUACCAGGGAAAAAGAAGCUCUAGAGGCGUCUUUGCAGAAGGAAGUUGAAGAAUCUUCUAUGAUUUCUUCAGAGCUUAAUGCUUUGAAAGAAAGUUUGCAUUCUCUAUAUGAUGAGUUGCAUGCUGAGAAAACAUUCAGAGGAAAAUUAGAGAAAACAGUAACAGAUCUCACUUCAGUAUUGAAUGAGAAGCAAUGCCAGCUGGAGGAUUUUGAUUUAAACAAAAACGAACUAGUCCGGCUCAAGGAAAUGGUUGCAGACCUGGAAAUAGAGAAAUCAAGAGUGUCUGAAUUAUUACUGGAAACUGAUGGACGUCUUAAAGAUGUUUUAAGAGAAUCUUCUUCCAUUAGUUUUCUGGAAACUCAUUUAGCUGAACUGCAUGAUUUUGCAAUAGCAACGGAUGUCGUUAUGAUUUUCACAAGGGCUCAGUUGGAGGGUCAUAUUGAGAAUCUUGUUGAAAAGCUUCACUCAACUUGCAGGCAAGUUGAAGUGCUUCACAAGAAGAAUCUUGAUGUAGAAUCUGAGUUAAAUGGUUUUCUUUCCAGAGAAUCAACUUACAUUGAAGAAAAUGCAAGAUUGUCGGGAAGUGUGGAUUGUUUAAAAUCAGAGUUAGAAUCCUCCACUGCUCAGAGCAGAGCACUAAUUGAUCAAAACAAUGCAAUAAAUGAAGAGCUUUCAGAAUACAAGAGCAGGGCAGAGAAUGCAAUUGAUAUUUCUUGUGAACAUGAAAGCCAGGGUGCUCUUGAAGUUGAAAGGCUGGAGCACUUGUUGGCAAAUUGUAGAAUAGAUAUUGAAGACCUCUUUUUUGAUAAGGAAGAAGUUGAAGUAAAAUGCAUGGUUUUCCAGUCCAAAUUAGAUGAACUGAAAAGUGCAAUGUUCUCGCUAAAACAAUCAGAUGAUGAACUGAUUAGGUUGCAGAUCCAAUACAGUGAACUUACCAAGAGGCUUUCUGAGCAGGUGUUGAAGACGGAAGAGUUCAAAAAUUUGUCCAUUCAUUUGAAGGAGCUCAAAGACAAGGCUGAUGCUGAGUGUCUCAAUGCUCGUGACAGAAGAGGGCAUGAAGGACCACAAGUUGCUAUGCAGGAGUCCUUGAGAAUAGCAUUUAUCAAGGAACAGUAUGAAACAAAGCUGCAAGAACUAAAGCAACAACUUUCCUUGUCCAAAAAGCAUAGUGAGGAAAUGCUAUGGAAACUGCAAGAUGCUAUUGAUGAUAUCGAGAACAGAAAGAAAUCUGAAGCUUCGCACAUAAAAAGAAAUGAAGAGCUGAGAAUGAAGAUCCUGGACCUAGAAGCUGAGUUACAAGCUGUACUUUCUGAAAAACGCAAUUUGUUAAAUGUUUAUGACCUAGUAAAUGCUGAAAAGGAAUGCUCAAUGAUUAGCCUUGAAUGUUGCAAGCAGGAAAAGCAAGAGCUUGAAGAUUCUCUUCUAAAAUGCAAUGAGGAGAAGUCCAGAAUUGCUGUUGAACUUACCUUGAUGAAGGAAUUAAUUGAAGAUGCUGGAUCUCAUCUCAAAUUUUUGAAGGAAGGCAACAACGUAUCACAGAAAAGGACUGGCCCAUCUGAUGAACCCAUUGAAGAACAGCCUCAUUCUAGAAACCCAAUUUCUAACAUUCCAACUGUUGGGAAAGAGAUUGUUGAUAAAUUUCCUCGAAAUUAUUCAUCUGUGGAUCCAUCCUCUAGUCCAUCAAGUCCCAGAGAAGCCAAAUCUGCCUGUGUAGGUUGCAGUCGAGAGCCAGAUAGUCCAGAUACGCCCAUCAAUGCAAAACCUGAGGAAGCACCUGCACUUGGAGGCAUAAAUGGAUGCCAAACUGUUGAAACUGAAGAGAACUUGCAACUUGCUGGACAGAAACAUGCUGCUUUAUCUCAAAGUUUAAAAUCCAGCCUGGACCACUUGAAUAAUGAGUUGCAGUUGGAAAAAAUGAAGAAUGAGAAUUUAUUUACAUCGGUAGAUGACUGUAACUUCGAGUCAAGUUUUCCAGGCUUGCAAAGAGAAUUGAUGCAGCUCCAUGAGGCUAAUCAAGAGUUGGGAGAUGUAUGCCCUGUGUUCAAUGAAAUCUCCGUCAGUGGUAAUGCACUGGAAAGGGUUCUUGCUUUGGAGAUUGAACUUGCUGGAGCAUUACAGGCCAAGAAAUCAAGCUUACAAUUUCAGAGCUCUUUCUUGAAGCAACACAGUGACGAGGAAGCAAUUUUCCGAAGCUUCAGGGAUAUCAACGAGUUAAUCAAAGACAUGCUGGAACUAAAGGCAAGACACGUUGCUGUGGAGACGGAACUGAAAGAGAUGCAUGACCGUUACUCUCAGUUAAGUCUUCAGUUUGCAGAAGUCGAAGGUGAAAGACAAAAACUCAUGAUGACUCUCAAGAAUUCCAGGACACCCAGGAGGGACCAUUCCUUGUAGCCAAUAGAAACUGCAUUUGCCAUCCGCCGCCCCUGCACGAGCUCAUCAUUCAUGGUUCCAUCCUGUCAGCCCUCCCUGUUUAUUAUCGGAUAAGGUUAUGGUAUAUCUAUAUAUAAUGGGGCCUUUUCGGCCAUGCCCGGGAUUCCUGCAAGUGUUGUUAUGCCAUGUCUUCAUUUUACAAAUGAAGACGCCGAUAAAUACUUUGUAAAUAAAAUAUUUCCCUCCUUGGUUCGUGCCCUGUAACAUCUCGGUUUUAGUCUCGGCACUGUAAUUGUUUUGCUGUACAGAAACAAUUAAGUUCAUACAAAUAUCAUUUCUAUUUAAAUUUUUGGGACGAUGAAGAGGUUUUUGUUUA